GCAGUAACAUAAAAAAAGCAAGAAGUUUACAGCGAACAAACAUUCAAAAUGUUUGCGAUUUGAUGGAAGGAAACUGCAAGUUUUUCCCGUUACAGUGUACAGCAAGAUACGCUUAUCGCUCCAAGAGCCGGCAGUAAUAACACCAAUACAAACGGGUCGCAUUACAUCAGCAUAGGCGUUCAUGCGGUGAAGAGUCAUAUUCUGCUGCAUGUCGCUUUGGCCAUUGGUCGACCGAUGUUUGAACCGACGAAGUUUUCUUCUCGUCUUGGUUUACUUCCGCAUAUGCUCAUUUAACCCGUCUAUCGUCUCCCGUGGACCGCCGACGCAACGUGGUUUAUGUUUAUUUGAAGAAGCAGUACAGAAUUUAGUUUUAGUUCAGCAUCCACACAAGGCACAUCAGAACGGUGUUAAUUCGGUUACACGUCCAGGCCUCAUAUAUUUCGUUAUUGUAGUGUCAUUAUGAAUAGAUUUUACUUAUAAGAGGAGUUCUUUUCUGUGGUAAACCCCAAGUUCGUGUGACUCAAUAUAGAGGUUCAAUAUACAUUCUUAGGUGAAUUGAACGCAAACGGAAACUACACCAGAAAAAGUCCAUCCUAAACAAUAACAAUGAAAACGAUGUUCGUAUUCGCAAUGAGCAUCUGCUUGUUGCUUAACUACGCCGUGUCUGCUAUCCCAAAGCCGGAGGAAAAACGAGUGCUGGAUCAUGAUCCGCUAAGCCAUGCGCAACAUUAUCAAAACGAUGAGCAUAACAAACAGUACGAUCACGAAGCAUUUCUCGGCGAAGAUGCUAAAACGUUUGAUCAGCUCGAGGCGGACGAAAGCAGAAGACGCUUGGGACUCAUCGUAGAUAAAAUAGACAGAGACAAUGAUGGCUUCGUUAAUAUGUCUGAGCUGAAAGCGUGGAUUCAGUACACACAGAGGCGCUACAUCGACGAUGAUGUCAACCGUCAGUGGAAGACGCAUAAUCCGAACAACACGGAGAAGGUGCACUGGGACACAUACCGCAAGAAUGUGUAUGGAUUCCUGGACGAGCUUGCGGCGCAGGAACCGGACCAUCCGAGCGAUGAACAUUUUUCCUACCGCACUAUGAUGAAGCGCGACCGACGCCGCUGGAGCAUUGCGGAUCGUGACGGAGAUGAUGAGCUCACGAGGGAAGAGUUUACCGAUUUUCUCCAUCCCGAGGAAAGCAGUCACAUGCGCGACGUUGUAGUAACGGAGACCAUCGAGGACAUUGACAAGGAUAGUGACGGAAAGGUGUCAGUCGAAGAGUACAUUGGCGAUAUGUAUCGGCAAGGUGAACAAAAUGAAGAAGAACCGGAUUGGGUAAAACACGAACGCGAAACCUUUACCAACUUCCGUGACAAAAAUAAGGAUGGCUUCAUGGACAACCAGGAGGUGAAAGAUUGGAUCACUCCGGCGGACUUUGACCAUGCGGAAGCCGAAGCCCGUCAUUUGAUCUACGAGGCAGACUCUGACGCAGAUGAAAAGCUAACAAAGGAGGAAAUUAUUGAAAAGUACGACCUGUUUGUCGGUUCGCAGGCGACCGAUUUUGGUGAGGCUUUAACGCGGCACGACGAAUUUUAGGCAAAAAGAAAAGAAAUUAUGAUUCAAGUGUUUUCAUUCAUUCGUGACGAGAUUGAAUAUUUUCGUAUACGAAUACAUAUUUCUUUGAAUUGAUAUUUAACAGCGUCAUGUCUUAGUGCGAUUACGGAAGGCAUUCGAUUGCGACUGACAAAUUUAACAUACUCUUUUGUUUGCCAUUGAAAAAUAGCAAAAGCACUGCUGGUAAAGAAAUGUAGUGAAUAGGAUUAAUAAUUAUUUCUUCGAAGAAUGAGAUCUGAUCAUCGAUAUGAAUAUAUCGUUCUAUGGUUUUCUAACAUUUAGUUUAACUAUUAAUAUCUUUACAUAGGUUUAACAAAUCGUACCAUUUAUGUUCGCCUUACCCAAAAGCCUUGGGCAAGCUACUAAGAUCAACUAAAAAUGUGAAAUAUAUUCAAUUUGUAAACAAAAUCUAGAAGAAAGCAUGUUUAUAAUUGAAUAAACAACAUUGGACCGAA